AACAGUUCAGUCCAUUUAUCUGUUCAGUUACAUUUAUAGAUCGAAAGAUUGGUGAUAAUCUAUAAGUACUGAACAUGUACAGCAUCAUUGUCAGUGCAAUACUGCAGCCUGCAGGUCAACCUGAGUGCAACACCCAAUCCCACCAUAAAACUUCGAGGUCAAAAUGAAUAUAUUGAAAGAUCUGAUCUAUUUAUCAAUCUGUUAAGCUAAUGAAGUCCGCUACGGGUCUCAAAAUUGUUGUCAUUGUAUCUUAUGUUUUCUUUUUCAAGCUGUUUUUGUUGUAUAGUAGCCCUUCAUAAAGCAUUCAUCUCAAAUCGGAAGGUUUAAUCAAAAGAAAAACAGAUCAAUGAUUGGCCCUCUGGUGACAUGUGACCUAUAGCUGUUGACUUAUUACCUGGAAGAGUCAACUUCUCCAUACCUGAGUUACCCGUGAAGGUUAGGCGGGCUCUCGCUCUUGGACUGAACGCCUACAUUUUUAAUUCUUUAACCACUGGACAAUUUCAUCCCCAUUAAGCGAUGGCGACAAAGAGGCUGCUUGGAUGGCAAAAGUUAUUUCUGAUCCUCACAGUGCUCCCUUGCUGCAGGAGUUUGCAGGUUUCUAUUCCACAGCAGGAGUAUGAGGUUGCAAGGGGUGAAGACAUUACCAUGACCUGCUCCUUCACCCCAGCCAGACCCAUCUCCAACAUUAUGGUCCUCACAUGGGAAGCUUAUAUUAAUGAAGAAAUGAAAGUCGUUGCCACCUACUAUUUAAGGGACACAAUUGACAUUGCACCUGCCUAUGAAAACCGAGCUGCUCUGGUGGUUGACCUCGAUAAACAAGUGAGCACACUUCGCUUAACAAAGGUGACCAUACAGGACAGCCGCCGUUUCCAAUGCAGCGUUAUGAUCCCCGGUGAUGAUGAGGGAACAACCUCGGCCACCACUUCCCUUUUGGUCCUGGUCCCUCCCUCACCACCGAUCUGCAAAGUUCAGGGAACUGCAGAGUACUUUCACAACAUCACCCUCACCUGCAAGUCUGAGGAGGGAUCCCCAACACCUGUGACUGAAUGGAAGAGCUACAGUGUCGAAAACAUUCCCAGAUCAUUUCCACCUAAGGCAACUGAAAAGGAUGGAGCUCUAUCUCUCUUCAAUAUUUCAAGAGAAACAUCUGGCUUCUUCAUCUGCACAUCAACAAAUCAAAUUGGUUCUGCCAGUUGCAACCUCACCUUAUCUGUGAUGCCAGGCAGCAUGAACAUUGGGUCCACUGCAGCAAUACUUGGAGGAAUCCUUGCAGGUGUUGUGGCUCUGGGGAUUAUCAUCUAUUGUUGCUGUUGCAAAAAGGGCAAAAAGGACAAGAAUCCUGAAGGCUCCCCUGAAGAAGUGAAUUAUAUCAGAGAUGCCCCUGAAACCGGAGAACCGUACAAGGAUGACAAGUCAAACAGCAAAACAAAACAGCUUACUGAGUAUUUCGACCAAGACAUUGCUCCUCAAAACAAUUACAGUGUAGGAAAGGCCGGACAUACUGACGAUGAUCAAAACAGUUAUAUAAGUGGUAAAGAAAGGCAUGAUGGUAAGGGCAGUGAUAUUGACUCUCAACGUUACCAGGGUGACCAACGUGAUCAUUACCAAGGAAGUCGUGAUAGGCUCGACGAUCAGCGUGAUCGUUCUAGGGGCAGUCGGGAUCGCCUUGAUGAUCGGGAUCGGUACGGGGGCAGUCGGGAUCGCCUUGAUGAACGGGAUCGUUAUGGGGGUAGUCGUGAUCGCCUCGAUGAACGGGAUCGUUACGGGGGCAGUCGUGAUCGCCUCGAUGAACGGGAUCGUUACAGGGGCAGUCGUGAUCGCCUUGAUGAACGGGAUCGUUACGGGGGCAGUCGUGAUCGCCUCGAUGAACGGGAUCAUUACAGGGGCAGUCGUGAUCGCCUCGAUGAGCAGCGCGUUCGUUAUGGUGGCAGUCGAGAUCGUCUUGAUGACCAUGGCGAUAGUUAUCGUAGCAGUCGGGAUCGCCUUGACUAUGCAGAUGAUGUAUAUAGAGACUGAAUCACCUGUUACUGAAUGUUCUUUGAAUGCCCUGAAAAUAUAUUUUUUGUUUUCUGAUGACCUGAUUAAGAAUAUUUCACUGGAUUUACAGAUUAGCUUAGUGUCUGGUCAAAUUAUGAAGAGACACAGCAAAAUUAAUUUGGGCAUUCUCGCAAAUGCAGUUAAUUCUCGUGCAAAUGGCAAUAUUCAUAUUGUAGCAGGGAGAACUGGAGACAUCAGAAAUUAGAUUAGAUAAGAUUAGAUUUGAUUCAACCAAUACAGGCAUGUCCCUAAUAUUCUAGUCCUACAUACAGGCCUGCUGUCUGCUACUGAGGAAAAUAAAUGGGAAUAUUUGGAAAUUCACAGUAUAAUAUUGUGAAGAUCUUCUUGCCAGUGCCAGGUCCUGUAGCUGAGCUAACUGGACUUAUAUCGGCCGCACACAAAACAACUUAUCAUGGUGAUCAAUGUAUCAAUCUGAUAAUUGAUGCUGGUCUGUUCCAAUAUAUCCUCAUAACUGAACAAUUGAUUAGCCAGUGACCUCCAAAAUGGAAUAUGACACCAUUCCCAAAACAACAGGACCAUUGCGGUGUACCAGCGACACAUGUACCAGACCUGCAUCAUGUGUUCACAGUUUGAUUAGGAUUAGGCACCAAAACUACUUACUUAAAAUACCUACAUGACUUACAACUUCAGUAACGUCAUGUAUUUGAUGCAUUUGGGUGAAAGUCCGGUGCUUGUUUAAACCAUCCACUCCGCCCACCUCCAAGAGCAGGAUCAGUUCAACUGAAGUCACGCAGUAAACUACUACUACAACAUGCCAAACUCACUUCAGUAUGAGACAGUGGUCUUUUUUUUUUCUUCUUUUUUUUUUGGAGGGCACUGUCUAUCCAGGCCUUUCAUUGGAGUUGAGAAGACACCUUUCCUAUAAGUUGUGAUCUGCCACACCUGUCAUUGUGUAUGAAUAUUUAAUUGGUUUAGUCUGAGCUGGAUGAUACAUUUUACUUAGUAGUGUAAAAGUGUGUUGUUGUUAUGUCUUAGUGACCUGAUAUGAGUAAGGUGGUAAAGAAUACCAGGACACAAAACAGAGGGGCAUUUUCUUUCUAUAUUGGAACACCUCAGAGUGCAUUAUUGCUUAUAAGGCAGUCUCCAAUUGAAGAAAAGCAGGAGUCUGUGUGGACAUUUUGUGGGCACCUUUGUUUGUAGUCACUUUAACCCAUUUCAAGUUAGUCUGAGGGUAAACUGGUAACAGAAUGAAGCUGCUGCUGUGUUGUUGCCAUGAUUACUCGAUGUUCUUGAGGGUUGUUGUUCGAGAUAUCCAUUGAUCCAUAAUAGACACCUGUCAGCCAAUUAGGAGGAAUUAUUUUCUGUAGUCAAAGUAUAAAACAGAUCGAAGCACUUCUUCCACAUCUUAAAUGUACGAUGCUGUUCUGUGGAUAAAUACGGCCCAUCAAUCCUCAUGUUCGAGCUUCUGAAGAGAGAUUUUUUCAAUGUCUACCAAUCAGGAACUCAAUUAAUCUGCCAGGGAGUUUUUUUAUGCUUGGAUGUCUCAGUAUGGUUGCCCACGGAUUUUAAUUAAAAUGUAUAUCAAUAGUUUAAAAACAUAUUAAUUAAUCAUAUCAACUGUGCCAUAAGUGAUACAGCAUAUAGUAUAAAUCAACUUCUCUUAAUGUAAACAUAUUAACGUUACCAGCAUGAUAAAAUCAAUUGUACAGCAAAAAUAUUCUCGUGUUAAGAACAGAAAAUGUCAUUCUGAUUUUUUUUUUUUUUUUGCAUUGAUACUUUUUCUUUGUUUGAUCAUGAAAACUUGCCCCAAUCAAUUAGUGUAAGUUGGUCAUAGAA